UAGAGGAGGAGAGAAGAGAGAGAGAGAGAGAAAGUUCCCGGAGAGAUAGGGAGAAGAGAGAAGAGAGGAGAUGGCGACGCCGUUAACGGUGGACGGAGGCGGAGGGCUGGCGGUGCUGUCCGUCAACAAAGUCGAUUCCGCGACUAACGGAGGAGGAGGAAACUGCUUGACGAGCUCGGAGGAGGAGGAGGAGAGGUCGCCGAUUCUGAUAUUCUUGUUCUUCCACAAGGCAAUACGGAAGGAGCUGGAUGCGCUUCACCGACUGGCCAUGGCUUUCGCCACCGGGAAGGAGGCGGAUAUCAAGCCAUUGCUGGAGCGCUACCAUUUCUUGAGAUCGAUUUACAAGCACCACUCCAAUGCCGAAGACGAGGUAAUCUUCCCGGCGCUUGAUAUACGAGUGAAGAAUGUAGCACAAACGUACUCGCUUGAACACAAGGGUGAAAGCAAUCUUUUUGAUCAUCUGUUUGAGCUGCUAAAUUCCAAUGCGCAAAGUGAUGAAAAUUUCCCAAGGGAGUUGGCAUCUUGUACAGGUGCCUUACAAACAUCAGUUAGCCAACACAUGGCAAAGGAGGAGGAACAGGUCUUACCGUUGCUGAUUGAGAAGUUUUCAGUUGAGGAGCAGGCGUCUCUAGUCUGGCAGUUUCUUUGCAGUAUUCCUGUGAAUAUGUUGGCCCAGUUUCUUCCGUGGCUUUCAUCAUCGGUUUCACCUGAUGAAUAUCAGGAUUUGCGGAAAUGCUUAAGCAAGAUUGUUCCAGAGGAAAAGCUUCUUCAACAAGUCAUUUUCACCUGGAUGGAAGGUAGAAGGACCAGUGACAUGGUUAAAAGUUGUCAUGAUUCUCCUCAGUUCCAGUGUUGCAUGGAAUCUGGUGCUAGCACAUCAAGUCUACAUACAGAGAAGAUAAAUUGUCCAUGUGAGUGUAGAACUGGGAAAAGAAAGUAUGUAGAGUCGAGUACUGAUGUUUCUGAUACCACUGGGGCUCAUCCAAUAGAUGAAAUACUGCUUUGGCAUAAUGCCAUUAAAAAAGAGUUAAAUGAGAUAGCUGAGGAGGCUAGGAAGAUACAACUGUCCGGAGAUUUUACUAAUCUAUCAGCUUUCAAUGAGAGGUUGCAAUUUGUUGCUGAAGUUUGCAUUUUUCACAGUAUUGCGGAGGACAAGGUCAUAUUUCCUGCAGUAGAUGGAAAGAUAUCCUUUUUCCAAGAGCACGCUGAAGAAGAAAGUCAGUUCAAUGAAUUCAGGUGUCUGAUUGAAAACAUUCAAAGUGCAGGAGCUGUCUCUACUUCAGCUGAUUUUUAUGCCGAGCUGUGCUCACAUGCCGAUCAAAUAAUAGAAACUAUACAGAAGCACUUCAGCAAUGAAGAAGUGCAGGUUCUUCCACUUGCUCGCAAGCACUUCAGCUUCAAAAGACAGCGGGAUUUAUUGUAUCAGAGUUUAUGCAUGAUGCCCUUGAAAUUGAUCGAGCGUGUUUUGCCAUGGCUAGUCAGAUCGUUGACUGAAGAUGAAAUGAAGAAUAUUCUCAAAAACAUGCAGUUAGCAGCUCCAGUGCCUGAUGCAGCUCUGGUAACACUUUUUUCUGGAUGGGCAUGCAAGGCUCGUAAUCAUGGUUCAUGCUUGUCUUCAAGUGCAAUUGGUUGUUGUCCUGUUAAAAGUUUUACUGAUAUUGAAGAAGAUUUUGUUCGACCCGUGUGCGCUUGUGCUUCUGGAUCAUCUGCUAGAGAGAGGCUGGUAUCAGCUCAAGUAAAUAAUGUGAAAAAGCUAGUCAAACGAAAUGUUUUAGUGCCAUGCAAAAACAAUGAUACCCUUGAUCAAUGUUGUACUGAUCAGUCUUGCCGUGUCCCUGGUUUAGGAGUAAAUAACGCUAAUCUUGGAUCAAGUUCUCUUUAUGUGGCUAAGUCUUUGCGGUCCUUUUCUUUCAGCUCUUCUGCCCCAUCUCUUCAUUCCAGUCUUUUUGCAUGGGAAACAGAUAGCUCUUCCUUUGAUAUUGGUUGUGGAGAACGGCCUAUUGAUACUAUUUUUAAGUUUCAUAAAGCCAUUCGCAAAGACUUGGAGUAUUUGGAUAUUGAAUCUGGAAAGCUUGUUAAUGGUGAUGAAGCCACACUUCGGCAGUUUAUUGGAAGAUUCCGUUUGCUCUGGGGCUUAUACAGAGCACACAGUAAUGCUGAGGAUGAUAUAGUGUUUCCUGCAUUGGAAUCCAAAGAGGCGCUUCAUAAUGUGAGCCAUUCAUACACACUGGACCAUAAACAGGAGGAAGAAUUAUUUGAAGACAUCUCUCAUGUUCUUUCUGAACUUUCUCACCUUCAUGAAAGCAUGGAAAAGACUCACAUGGAUGAGGAUUUAGCUGGAAGCAACAUGAGUGUUUCUGUCACAAAUAGUGUCAACUAUACUAGAAAAUACAAUGAGCUGGCUACUAAGCUUCAAGGGAUGUGCAAAUCUAUAAAAGUGACACUAGAUCAUCACAUUUUCAGGGAAGAACUUGAGUUGUGGCCACUAUUUGGAAAACACUUCACUAUUGAGGAGCAAGACAAAAUAGUCGGCCGGAUUAUUGGGACCACGGGUGCUGAGGUGCUCCAAUCUAUGUUACCCUGGGUAACUUCUGCACUUACCCAGGAUGAACAGAAUAAAAUGAUGGACACAUGGAAGCAAGCAACUAAGAAUACUAUGUUCAAUGAGUGGCUUAAUGAAUGCUGGAAAGGAACUUCAGAAUCAACUUCACAAAAUGAAACAAGGGAAAGUAGCAUUUCUCAAAAAGGUGUUGAAUUUCAAGAAACCUUGGACCAGACAGACCAGAUGUUCAAGCCUGGUUGGAAGGACAUAUUCCGUAUGAAUCAAAAUGAACUAGAGUCAGAGAUCAGAAAGGUCUAUCGUGAUGAGACUCUUGAUCCAAGGAGAAAGGCAUAUCUUGUGCAGAAUCUUAUGACUAGCCGCUGGAUAGCUGCUCAGCAGAAGUUACCUCAAGCAACAGGUGGAGAAUCUUCUGAUGGUGAAGAUGUAUUUGGACGCUCACCUUCAUACCGAGAUGUGGAGAAAAAAGUAUUUGGGUGUGAGCAUUACAAAAGAAACUGUAAACUUCGAGCUGCUUGUUGUGGCAAGUUAUUUGCAUGUAGAUUUUGCCAUGAUAAUGUGAGUGACCAUUCAAUGGAUAGGAAAGCAACUUCGGAAAUGAUGUGCAUGCGCUGCCUGAACAUUCAGCCAGUUGGGCCCAUAUGUACUACACCUUCAUGCAAUGAACUAUCUAUGGCAAAAUAUUACUGCAAUAUCUGCAAAUUUUUCGAUGAUGAAAGGACUGUAUAUCAUUGCCCGUUUUGUAAUUUAUGCCGCCUUGGGAAGGGUCUUGGCAACGACUUUUUUCAUUGCAUGACAUGCAAUUGUUGCCUGGGGAUAAAGUUGGUCAACCACAAAUGCCUGGAGAAGAGUUUAGAAACAAAUUGUCCUAUCUGCUGUGAUUUCUUAUUCACAUCAAGUGCAACAGUUAGGGCUCUGCCAUGUGGCCACUACAUGCAUUCAGCUUGCUUUCAGGCCUACACUUGCAGUCACUAUACUUGUCCAAUUUGUAGCAAGUCCCUGGGAGAUAUGGCGGUUUACUUUGGCAUGCUUGAUGCGUUAUUGGCUGCGGAGCAGCUUCCAGAGGAAUACCGGAACCGUUGUCAGGACAUCCUUUGUAAUGAUUGUGAUGGAAAGGGUACCUCACGUUUUCACUGGCUGUAUCACAAGUGCGGUAACUGUGGAUCAUACAAUACCCGGGUGAUCAAGGGUGAGGCAUCAAAUACCGACUGUCCUAUGUCACACUAACAAACAUGUUUUCUUUCUUUGGCAGAUCUAUACGUAUUAGUUUGUAGAUACUUGUAUAGGCCAUUCAAUUUUCCUACAACCUAGAAAACUGGUUUUUUCUUCUUUUUUAAAAUCGGAUGAGGGUUUGUAACCCCGUAUACAUCAAUUUUGUAGAAACCUGGUAAAUAUCAUCUUUCCUUGGUUUCAUGAUUCAUUUACAAGCAUUAUAGACAGGGGAUGUAACAGAACAUAUUCAAAUACACGCUGUACAGAAAUUCAAACCUUUUU